AUGGCAAAAACCAAGGUGGCUCCCUUGAAGCAGGUGUCCUUGCCUCGUCUGGAACUCUCUGGUGCGGCAUUGCUCGCUCGACUUGUUUGCCAUGUACAGUCGGUGCUUGGGCUGCACAAUGUUCCUACCUAUCUUUGGACAGAUUCCACAGUGACACUGGGCUGGAUUCAUGGACAUCCGUCACGCUGGAAGACGUACGUCGCUAAUCGCGUUGCCGAGAUCCAGAGAAUGGUGCCUGACGCCCAUUGGCGUCACUUGCCAGAUCGUGAAAACCCUGCUGAUUGCGCCUCUCGGGGAAUACUCCCGAGCGACCUGGUUUAUCAUCCGCUGUGGUGGCGGGGCCCUCCAUGGCUUUCUUCAGAUCACGAGUCAUGGCCUUCCUCAGUUCAACCCGUCGAGCGAGACUUGCCAGAGACUCGCGUCAAGUGCAAUGUUCUGAAGCUGCCUGACGAGGCGCCGCUGCUAACUCGUUUCUCAACCUUGAACCGGCUAGUGCGAGUGGUGGCCUGGUGCCGUCGCUGGUUGCGAGUCAUCCGUCUGCUUCCGGACGAAACUCCUGGGAGGGACCGGUUGCUAUCGGUGAAGGAGAUGGACGAGGCCCGUCACGCCCUAAUCCAUUUAACGCAGGUUACCUGGUGGAGGAAAGAAAUUGACAACAUUAAAGAAAAUCAACCGCUACCCAGAGGGUGCGUACUCACCAAAUUAAGCCCCUUUGUGGAUGAGCUGGAAGUGCUUCGGGUCGGGGGACGUAUCAAGUACGCACUGCUGGCCUAUGACGAGAAACAUCCAAUGAUUCUUCCGAGCGAGUCUCAUUUCGCCAAACUCGUCAUCGAAGCUUGUCAUCGAGGUACUCUUCAUGGUGGAGUUCAGGCCACGCUGGGAUUGAUACGGCAGCAUUAUUGGAUUCCUCGCGGCAGGGCUCUAGUCAAGAGCCUCAUUCACCGUUGCGUACCUUGCUUGCGAUGGCGGGCGGCGCCCUCUCUUCAAAUCAUGGGGGAUCUACCGAGACAAAGAGUUACUCCAGCACGCCCUUUCUUGAACACGGGCGUCGACUACGCUGGUCCUGUGAUGCUGCGGACGACCAAGGGACGAGGACAGAAGGCGUACAAGGCCUUCGUGGCUGUGUUCGUUUGCAUGAGCUCUCGGGCUGUGCACCUUGAAAUUGUUUCAGAUUACAGUUCCGAAGCUUUCUUGGCUGCCUUACGACGCUUUGUGUCGAGACGCGGCUUGUGUCACACCAUCUACAGCGACUACGGCACUAAUUUUGUAGGAGUUGACAGAUAG